GACCGGGACCGGGGGGUGACACGCACCGGCGGGUGACACGCACCGGGGAGCGGGACACGCGCAGAUAUGCAGCCGCCGCCGCGCAAGGUGAAGCUCACCCAGGAGGUGCGGGUCCACCUCCUGGAGCAGCUCUCGGGCCUGCAGAGCAAGCAGCAGCGGGAUGCCGAGCUGCUGGAGGACAUCAGAGGCCACAGCCUGCCAGACACCACUCACCUUGAGGCUGCCAUGUCGAGGUCGUGGGCUCCAUCACCCACCAGCGUGGCCAGAUGAGGCCAUCCCAGGGCAGGAUGGUGGCAGGAAGGAUGGCAGGAGUGGCCUGUCCCUUCCCCUCUGCAUGGGUCCACGCCUGCCCCAUGUGCCCUGUCCCCACAGGUCCUACAGCAAGCAGAGGGCCACCAUUGACAGGGAGUAUGGGCAGGCGCUGCAGAGGCUGGCGAGCCAGUUUGUGAAGAGGGACUGGCAGCGGGGCCGUGGCGAGGCUGGAGACUUGAGAAGUGCCGUUGCUGUCUGGAAGUGUGUCAUUGAGGGGACUGCACACGCCGGGCAGCUGCGAGUCAGUGCCGCCGAGAGCUACCGCGCCGUGGCCAAUGAGGCCGCCCGCACCAAGUCCAGGGAGAGGAUGCUGAAGAAGGGCAUGGAGCGGCUGCAGAAGGCACAGGCAGAGCUGCUGGAGACAGUGAAGGAGCUGGACAAGGCAAAGAAGCAGUUCAGCCACCUCCAGCACAGCAGCGAGGUGGCCAAGGACAAGGCAGCUGACGUGGAGGCUCGGCUCCGCAGGAGCGACCGCAGGAUAUUCCACACCAAGGCCAGCCUGCAAAAGCUCAGUGCCAAGUUCUCAGCGCGACUGGCCGAGCACUCAAGACAGCUGGCGGGGGUGCAGAACGAGUACAGCUUCGCCCUGGUCUCUGCCACUGCCCACCUGGAGCACUACCAGCGAGUGGAGCUGCCCGCUGCCAUCCAGGCGCUGGAGGGUGACUUGUACGAGCGGUUGCGGGAGCACUUGUCGGUGCUGAGCCGGACGGAGGCCGAGACGUGCCGGGCAGCAUGGGACUGGUUCCAGGGUGUUGCGGAGGCAUCUGCACUGGUGUGCCGGGAGCAGGACCUCAUCCUCUUCCUCCAGGACCAUCCUGCCUUCACCCUAGCCCCCGAGCAGCACUUCCAGCUCGCCGGGGUGGAGGAGGUGUGCCUGCUGCCCCCUGGGGAUGAUGAUGAUGGAGCCAGCCUGGAGAAGGAGACCCGGCGCUGGGCCACACGCGUGGCUCGGGACCGCAAGAACAAGGCACACAACGAGGAGGUGUUGCAGAGGCUGGAGGGCAGGAGGCAGCAGGUCCCCGAGGCAGAGGCAGCUGCCGUGGAGCGGCGGAUGGAAGAGGCGAGGGAGAACAUCCGGAAGGCAGAGGUGAGCCGGGUGAAGGCAGAGGCCCGGCUGGCACUGCUGCGAGCAGCGGGGCUGGAUGUGGACGCCUGGCUGGCUGGGGCCGUGGUGGGCACAGGUGAGGAGGCCCCUGCAGGGCUGGACCCAGCUGAGUUCGAUGACUAUGAGGACAGUGACGAGCCGGAUGAGGCCGAUGAGCCUGGCCCCGCUGCCCGUACCUACCCCUACACCUGCCGGGUGAUCUUCGGGUACCAGGGCUGCCAGGCCGACGAGCUGUCCAUCAGCCAGGGCGAGGAGCUGGACGUCAUCGAGGAUGGAGAUGCGGAGGAGUGGGUGAAGGCUCGGAACAAAGCGGGCCAGGUUGGCUACGUCCCCGAGAAGUACCUGCUGUCCCUGGGCAGCGAGGCAGGGGCUGGGGUCGGCCCCCCAGGACCCUCUGCCCUGCAGCGCCAGCUCUCCAGCAUCAUGGCUGCCGAGCUGGUGCUAGAGCCUGGAGCCUGGCUGGUGCGAGCCCUGUACGACUACGAGGGGCAGAGCCCUGAGGAGCUGAGCUUCCCCGAGGGAGCCAUCAUCCGGGUGCUGCCGCGGGCCCCCGCUGACGUGGAUGAUGGCUUCUGGACUGGAGACUUCGAUGGCCGCGUCGGCGUCUUCCCCUCGCUGGUGGUGGAGGAGCUGACAGGGGGCCAGGGCACAGCCGGCCAGGAGCUGCCGUCGCCGUCCCCGCCGCCCUUCUCCCCUCCCGGCCUUGUGCCCGGGGCCAGCCUGGCCCCCGGCCCCUCUCCUGAGACAGCUCUGGGAGAUUGCAGGCAGGAUGGCACGGGCAGUGGGCAGAGCUCUCCGGACCUGGCAGCCACCCGCCUCCGUCCGCUCCGUGCACCCCCACCACCGCCCGGCCGAGCCCCUGAGCCUGACCCUGAGCUGCACCUCAGCUGACCCUGCAGCUCCCUCCCUGCUCCCCAAAAAGCUUCACCCGAGUGAGAGGCCUCGGGCUGCUGUCCUGGGAGCCCAGCCUGGCGCUGCCCCAAGCCCCCAGUUCCAGGAGCCACAUCCUGCCCAGCACCACUUGUAUCGCUGUAGAGCACGGGGCAUCCUGGCAGCCCCUUCAUCAGGGUGCUCAAUGCCAUGGCUGUGCCCCAUCUCACACAGCAUCACCCCAGGGUCCUGCCUGCCCCCUCCCAGCACCCCCCGUCAGGCAGGAGCGACGGGAAGGGGGCUGUGCCCCAAUAAAACCAGUUGCCUCGGCCGAGGGGGUUCAGCA